CAAUGUCUAUUGGGCAUAAAUGGAAUCUUUUACUUUCCUACAUUGCCUACAUGAAUUUGGCUUCUUUGGUGAACACGCAUGAAGUAUUAUACAAAAAGUAUAAAUUUGAAAGUGAAAUGUAGUAUUUUUUUAUUAGAACUUAAAAGGUUUAUAUCAAGAAGCGCGAUGGUUCGUCAUAUGAGACAAAAAAGAUGUAACCUAAACGUUUAAGGCUAGUGGUGACCUGAUUAGAGUGGUCCACUGUUUUGACGCAUACAGAAAUGGCGGAUACUAUAUUUAUCAUGCACUUUAUACUCUUGUUGACAUUCAAAUUAUGUUCAGGAGACAGACAAAAAACAGCGUUGUUAGAUGACGAUCCAUUUCUUGAUAGUAGAGAAGCACCUGAAUCUCAUGAACCUGUAGGACUUACAUUUGGAAAUAAUCCUGUCAAUCAACGUCGUUUUAGUUGUCUUACUUGCGAUGAACCAGACUGUGCUCAGAUAAAAGUCUGCUUUGAUGCUAUCACUUGUAUGAAAUCUAGAAUAAGAGAAACAGAUGGCAAGGAAAGUAUUAGUAGAGGAUGCGUGGCAGAUGUCGAUCAAAUGCAAUUUUAUUGCAACAAACAACAAUCUUCUAAAGAAGGAAAAAAUGAUAAUGGUAUUAAAAGGCAUGUUAGUAGAUCACCAGGUCGUGCACAUAUUUAUGUUGAGUGCUGUCAAGGUGACCUUUGUAACAAUGGUUCUUUUCCCAUAUUACAAGAUUAUAUAGAUGAUGGAGAAUCAGAAUCAGACUAUGUAAUAAAAUUAACAUUGGCUAUAUUGGGGCCUAUGCUAGGAUUAGGCAUUAUUGCUGGAGGUGUUCUUUUCUGCUUAAUAACUCGUAAGACUCGUAGAAAACGUCCUUUAGCUUCGAGACACAAAAGAUUAAUUAUAGACUCGGAACUUGAGCCGUCCAUGUUACAUUUUUCUUCUCCUUCACCUGUAUCUAGUACAACGUAUCAUGCACACGAAUUGCAAGCAACCGCAGCUGGUGAUAGUACUCUGAAAGAAUACCUAGAUGGACGAAGUCUUACCAGUGGUUCUGGUUCAGGAUUACCUUUAUUAGUACAACGCACAUUGGCUAAGCAAGUAGCAUUAGUCGAAUGUCUUGGUAGUGGUGGUAAUGGAGGGUUUGGUGGUGAAGUGUGGAGAGGUAUUUGGCAUGGUGAAAAUGUGGCUGUGAAAAUUUAUUUUUCACGAGAUGAGGCUGCAUGGGCUCGAGAAACGGAGGUCUAUUCUCAAUUAUUGCCCUCGAGACAUGAUAAUAUUUUAGGAUAUGUUGGAAGCGAUAUGACCAGUAGAGCUAGCUGUACUCAAUUGUGGCUAGUAACACAUUAUCAUCCACUUGGUUCGCUUUACGAUCAUUUAAAUCAUUCACCACAUCCAUUAACACAUCAUCAAACCCUUAAUAUAACGUUGAGCAUAGCAAAUGGUUUACUUUAUUUACACACGGAAAUUCAUGGAACUAGAGGAAAACCAGCCAUGUCUCAUCGUAAUCUUAAAUCUAAAAAUAUCCUUGUUAAAACGAAUGGUGGCUGUGUUAUUGCGGAUUUUGCAUUAGCUGUAACUCAAGAUCGACUUACAACAGAUAGAGUGGAUUUAAAACAAGGCGCCAAACGUUACAUGAGUCCUGAAGUUUUGGAACAAACAUUAAACGUAGAAUGCUUAGAAAGCUUCAGAUGUGCAGAUAUCUAUAGUUUGGGCCUUAUACUGUGGGAAGUCUGUCGGAGAUGUAUAACUAAUGGUGUUGCUUUAGAAUAUGCUGCUCCUUACUCCGAAUGGCUCUCGUACAGUAAUCAAGAGCCCAGUAUAGAAGAAAUGCAUAAAUUAGUUUGUCUUGAUCAACGUAGACCACCGUUGCCUAAUAGAUGGCAUUAUGAUGCAACGUUAUCAGGAAUGGGAAAACUAAUGAGAGAAUGUUGGCAUCAUAAGCCUGCUGCGCGCUUACCUAUUCUUCGAGUAAAAAAGACACUCAUCAAAUUAGCAGCCGCCGAUUCUCGCGUUCACUUACCUCUCGACUGACCACUGUUUAUCUGAUCAUACUGUAUUUCUUAUAUACAUAUUUAUUUUUACUAUUAUCAUCAUCAUUAUACCAUCAUUAUCACGUGCAUUGUAAAAUCAGUCAUCCUCAUUGUUGAUCAUAAAUUAUCGAAAUAUCAUGAAAGGGUAAGAAAAUAUCGUUUAUUGACAUAUCGUGAUAAAGGCAUUAAUGUUUUCAUUUGUACGCGAUUCUGUACUUCGUUUGAUCAUACAGUACAUUCUUCUUGAGCAGAAAACUCAAGUCAGCAUGAAAUUUUAUACACUAAACAUGAUUAGAUUGUAUAAAUGUACAAAUUUUAACAUUUCCAUAAAACGCGUUGAUGUGUUACAUUUAUAGAAAUGAUUAAAAAAAAAAAAAAAAUAAAAAAAAGAAAGAAAGAAAAAAA